GUCUGACAACAGCAGGAGGGAAUGGAGAAAAGGGUUUCUAGCAAGACAACAAGAACACAUUAAUUCAGGACGGCCAAAUAAACGCAUACUAUUUGCUCCUUUGUACCCGUGUUGUGCAGUGGACCAAAUGCAGGAGUGGAUGGGGCAUCUCUAACAAUGAAGCCCAGGAUAAGCUCAUCUUGCUCCCCACGCUGCAGCCACACAGACUGAGAGCCUAUCUUAACCUUAGUGGCCGCAGGAUGAAAUGAGAUAGACAGACAGACACUGGACGAGUGGAGGCUGUCCUGCUCUUGAAUCCCCCAUCCCCUCCUCCUCUCCUCCUCCGACCCUCCCCUCUCCGACCCCCCCCUGUCCUCCUGUAGGCAUGGCGGGGCUACAGCUGGUCACCCCAGCAUCCUCCCCCAUGGGGCCCUUCUUCGGUCUCCCAUGGCAACAGGAAGCUAUCCACGACAACAUUUACACACCAAGGAAAUAUCAGGUUGAGCUUCUGGAGGCAGCUCUUGAACACAACACUAUUGUGUGCUUAAACACUGGCUCAGGGAAGACCUUCAUCGCAGUGCUCCUCACCAAGGAGCUGUCCCACCAGAUCCGGGGAGACUACUGCCACAACGGCAAGAGGACCGUCUUUCUGGUCAACGCAGCCUCCUCGGUGGUGCAGCAGGCGGCUACUGUCCGCACCCAUUCGGACCUGCGCGUGGGGGAGUACACAGAGGAGAGCACGUCUUGGAGCCACGAGAGAUGGAGCCAAGAAGUACUAGAAAAUCAGGUGUUGGUGAUGCCGUGCCACAUCUUCCUCCAUGCGCUCACCAUGCAAGUGCUGCCCCUGGCCAAGAUCAACCUGGUGGUGUUUGACGAGUGCCACCUAGCAAUCUCUGACCACCCGUACCGGGAGAUAAUGAGGGUAUGUGAUGAUUUCCCGUGCUGUCCGCGUAUCCUGGGUCUGACAGCCUCCAUCUUGAAUGGGAAGUGUGACCCCAGCGACCUUGAGGAGAAGAUCCUCAACCUGGAGAGGAUCCUCAAGAGCAACGCCGAGACCGCCACAGACCUGGUGGUGCUAGACCGAUAUGCGUCUCAGCCUCGUGAGGUGGUGCUGGACUGUGGGCCGUUUGAGGACCGGAGCGGGCUGUCGGAGCGGCUGCUACUAGAGCUGGGGGAGGCUCUGCACUUCCUCAACGACCUCAACCUGCCCCCCCAGCAGAGGGAGGACCGAGACCCCACAUUCAUCUCCAAACAGGUCCUGAGUGACUGCCGCGCGGUGCUGACCGUGCUGGGCCCCUGGUGCGCAGACAAGGCGGCCGGCAUCAUGGUACGGGAGCUGCAGAAGUACAUCAAGCACGAGCAGGAGGAGCUGACCCGCAAGUUCCUGCUCUACACCGACACCAUCCUGCGUAAGAUCCACGCCCUGUGCGAGGAGCACUUCUCACCCGCCUCGUUAGACCUGCGCUUCGUCACGCCCAAGGUGAUCAAGCUUCUGGAGAUCCUCCACGAGUACAAGCCGUUUGAGCGGCAGCAGUUCGAAAGCGUGGAGUGGUACAACAACCGUAACCAGGACAACUACGUCUCCUGGAGCGACUCUGAGGACGAGGACGAAGACGAGGAGGCGGAGUCUAAGGAGAAGCCCGAGGCCAACUUCCCCUCCCCCUUCACCAACAUCCUGUGUGGCAUCAUCUUCGUGGAGAGGCGAUACACGGCCGUGGUGCUCAACAGGUUGAUAAAAGAGGCGGGUAAGCAGGACCCCGAGCUGGCCUACAUCAGCAGCAACUUCAUCACGGGCCACAGCAUCGGCAAGAACCAGCCACGUAACAAGCAGAUGGAGGUGGAGUUCAGGAAACAGGAAGAGGUGCUGCGCAAAUUCCGCGCCCACGAGACCAACCUGCUCAUCGCCACCAGCAUCGUGGAGGAAGGCGUCGAUAUCCCAAAGUGCAAUUUGGUGGUGCGCUUCGACCUGCCGACCGAGUACCGCUCCUACGUGCAGUCGAAGGGGCGAGCACGCGCCCCACUCUCCAACUACAUCAUGUUGGCCGACAGCGAGCGCACCAAGGCCUUCGAGGAGGAUCUCAAGACCUACAAAGCGAUAGAAAAGAUCCUCAGGAAUAAGUGCUCCAAGUCAGCCGAGUGUAGAGAGUACGAGCCGGAGCCUGUAACCGAUGACGACAACAUCCUGCCCCCCUACGUGCUCCGCUCGGAAGACGGCGGUCCGAGAGUUACCAUCAACACUGCAAUCGGACACAUUAACAGAUACUGUGCCAGACUGCCGAGUGACCCCUUCACCCACCUGACGCCCAAGUGCAAGACUGCGGAGCUGAAGGACGGCCGCUUCCAGUCCACCCUCUACCUGCCCAUCAACUCCCCCCUACGAGAGCCCGUGCCGGGGCCUGUGAUGAGCUGCGCAAGGCUUGCUGAGAAGGCCGUGGCGCUAGUAUGCUGUGAAAAGCUGCACAAAAUCGGCGAGCUGGAUGACCACCUGAUGCCGGUUGGCAAGGAGACGGUGAAGUAUGAGGAGGAGUUGGACCUGCACGAUGAGGAGGAGACCAGCGUACCGGGACGACCGGGCUCCACCAAGAGGAGACAAUGCUACCCCAAAGCCAUACCCGAGUGUCUUCGUGACAGCUACCCGGUCCCAGAGCAGCCGUGCUACCUGUACGUGAUUGGCAUGGUGCUGACCACGCCCCUUCCUGACGAGCUCAACUUCAGGCGGAGGAAGCUGUAUCCCCCAGAGGACACCACGCGGUGCUUUGGAAUACUCACCGCCAAACCCAUACCCAGGAUCCCCCACUUCCCGGUGUACACACGCUCGGGCGAGGUGACCAUCUCCAUCGAGCUGCAGCGUUCGGGCUUCACGCUGUCGGCCAGUCAGCUGGAGCUCAUCACCAGGCUGCACCAGUACAUCUUCUCCCACAUCCUCCGCCUGGAGAAGCCUGCUCUGGAGUUCAAGCCCUCGGAGGCCGACGCCGCAUACUGCGUACUGCCUCUGAAUGUCGUGGAGGACUCCAACACGCUGGACUUGGACUUCAAGUUCAUGGAGGACAUUGAGAAGUCGGAGGCGCGUAUCGGCAUCCCCACCACCCAGUACACCAAGCAGAACCCUUUCACCUUCAAACUGGAGGACUACCAGGAUGCAGUCAUCAUUCCAAGGUAUCGCAACUUUGACCAGCCUCAUCGCUUCUACGUCGCCGACGUGUACACGGACUUGACUCCGCUCAGCAAGUUCCCGUCCCCGGAGUACGAGACCUUCGAGGAGUACUACAAGACCAAGUACAACCUGGACCUGUCCAACCUCAACCAGCCCCUGCUGGACGUGGACCACACCUCCUCCAGGCUUAAUUUGUUAACCCCGCGCCACCUGAACCAGAAGGGGAAAGCUCUGCCCCUGAGCAGUGCUGAGAAGAGGAAAGCCAAGUGGGAGAGCCUACAAAACAAACAGAUCUUGGUGCCGGAGCUGUGUGCCAUCCACCCCAUCCCGGCGUCGCUGUGGAGGAAGGCGGUGUGCCUGCCCAGCAUCCUGUACCGCCUGCACUGCCUGCUGACCGCCGAGGAGCUGCGAUCGCAAACCGCCUCCGACGCCGGGGUGGGGGCCCAGAGCCUGCCCCCUGACUUCAGGUAUCCCAACCUGGACUUUGGCUGGAAGAAGUCCAUCGACAGCAAGGCAUUCAUCUCGUGCCCCGGGACAUGCUCCGAGCACGCAGAUCACUGUAAGCACGCCUCACCAUCGGCAACGCCCUCUGACCCCGCCACAGCACAGGAAGAAGAGACGACGUCGACGACAGCCACCCCACCGUCACACGAGAACUGCAACGCACCAGACGACAAGCUAGAGACCUCCGUCUCGUCCUCCACGAUGCCUCUGUCAGACGCGCCGCAGGACGGACCGGACGAGCCGCGAGACUGCGUCCGGCCUUCCUUUGGAAGCCUCACCAACGGUACCGGUCCAGAGGCGCCGGGCCUGUGUUCUGGCUCUGCUGCCGGGUCGGCGGUGUGUGAUGGUGAGGGGACGGCGCCGACGCAGACCACUACCUCACUCCCUGCGCAGGCCUCCCCUGACCCAAACAAGCCAGAACGAGAAGAACCACCACCCCAGAACCAGAGCCAGAACUUGGUGUCAGCACCGCUGGCACCUCCACCACAGGCCGGCCAUGAAUGUACCCCCCCUGACGGGACCCUGGACCUCCACGGCACACUUGUGGCGAAGCAACAGCAGCAACAGCAGCAGCAACCUACCUCAGACCCGAGCCCCCCCAUCCCCACCCCCACCAGCGUUACCGCAGUAACAACCCUGACCCAAAGCCUAUCCUUGACCCCCAGCAGUGACACAGCAGCACCUUCUUCAAGCACCCCUGCUACACCAUGCCCCCCGGCCCUCGUCGCCGCCGCACCCCCCAAAACCCAGUGCCCCUUGGCCGUCGUGGCCGUGGGUUCCCCCACCGCGGUGGCGGCCGUUGAGACCCCCAAGUCGCUGGGCCCCAACCCGGGGCUGAUCCUGCAGGCCCUGACGCUGUCCAACGCCAGCGACGGCUUCAACCUGGAGCGGCUGGAGAUGCUGGGCGACUCCUUCCUGAAGCACGCCAUCACCACGUACCUCUUCUGCACCUACCCCGACGCGCACGAGGGACGCCUCUCUUACAUGCGCAGCAAGAAGGUGAGCAACUGUAACCUGUACCGGCUGGGCAAGAAGAAGGGCCUCCCCAGCCGCAUGGUGGUGUCCAUCUUCGACCCGCCUGUCAACUGGCUGCCGCCCGGCUACGUGGUCAACCAGGACAAGAGCAGCACGGACAAGUGGGACUCGGACGGGACUAAGGAGGAGCUUGCGAACGGACGCGGGGGGCUGGAAGACGAGGAUGACUAUGAUGAUGAGGACGAUGAAGAUGAGGAGGAGGUGGAGGAGGUGCAGACCUCCUCUUCCACCGGAGGCAGAGGAGGAGGAGGAGGAGGAGGAGGAGGAGACGCGUCAGAUCACCUCCACUGGCGGGAGGUGCGGGACGGCAACUUGAGCGGGGAGGAGGACGAGCUGGAGUAUGACCAGGAGCACAUCCGCUUCAUCGACAGCAUGCUCAUGGGCUCCGGGGCCUUCGGGAAGAUCUCACUGGCCGGCUUCCCCACCGGACCCCCGGGAGGUGGGGGUGCAGGAGGAGGAGGGGGCGUAGGAGGAGGAGGAGGUGCUGGGAGUGGUGGUGACUCCUCCUGUCCACAGUGGCGGCCUCCGCGUAAGUCCCCGCCCCUGUCUGGCGGCGGGCACCACCACCAUGGUGGGGGUAUGGAUGGCAUGGGGAUGGGUGGCGAGGAGUUUGACUACAGCUCGUGGGACGCCAUGUGCUACCUGGACCCCAGCAAGGCAGGCGAGGAGGAUGACUUUGUGGUGGGCUUCUGGAACCCCUCGGAGGAGAGCUGCGGAGGAGAGCUGGGCAAGCAGUCCAUCUCCUACGACCUGCACACUGAACAGUGCAUUGCGGACAAGAGCAUUGCGGACUGUGUGGAGGCCUUGCUGGGGUGCUACCUCACCAGCUGUGGAGAGCGUGCUGCCCAGAUGUUCCUCUGUUCACUAGGGCUCAAGGUGCUGCCCGAUGCCAAGGCCGCCGAGAGGGGCACAGGAGGAGGCGGCACAGCUGGCAUGGCCGUGGUCCGUGCUGGGCAUCGGCGUGGUGACGGGAGUGGAGGCCUAGGUGGAGGUUCUGUUUCCGUUUCCGUUUCUGCUUCCGGCGUGACGGAACCGCAGUACGGCUGGCUGCAGAUCCCGCCGCGGUGCAUGUUCGACCACCCGGACGCGGAACGCACGCUCCUGCACCUCAUCUCCGGGUUCGAGAACUUCGAGUCCAAGAUCAACUACACCUUUCAGAACAAGGCCUACCUGCUGCAGGCCUUCACACACGCAUCAUACCAUUACAACACUAUCACAGAUUGUUACCAGCGCUUGGAGUUCCUGGGCGAUGCAAUCCUAGACUACCUCAUAACGAAGCACCUUUACGAAGACCCGCGGCAGCACUCGCCCGGCGUGCUGACGGACCUGCGCUCGGCGCUGGUCAACAACACCAUCUUCGCCUCUCUGGCCGUCAAGUAUGAUUACCACAAGUACUUCAAGGCCAUCUCGCCUGAGCUGUUCCACGUCAUCGACGACUUCGUGCAGUUUCAGCUGGAAAAGGACGAGAUGCAGGGCAUGGACUCAGAGCUCCGCCGCUCGGAGGAGGACGAGGAAAAGGAGGAGGACAUCGAGGUCCCCAAGGCCAUGGGGGACAUUUUCGAGUCGCUGGCCGGGGCCAUAUACAUGGACAGCCGGAUGUCCCUGGAGGCUGUGUGGCGGGUGUAUUAUCCAAUGAUGCGCCCUCUUAUAGAGAAAUUUUCAGCCAACGUUCCUCGAUCUCCUGUGCGAGAGCUUCUGGAAAUGGAGCCAGAGACGGCCAAGUUCAGCCCGGCGGAGCGUACGUACGAUGGAAAGGUGCGCGUGACGGUGGAGGUGGUGGGGAAGGGCAAGUUCAAGGGCGUCGGCCGGAGCUACCGCAUCGCCAAAUCAGCUGCCGCUCGCCGCGCCCUGCGCAGUCUAAAAGCCAAUCAACCUCAGGUCCAGACCAGCUGAGCUGCGCACGCACACGCAGGCACGCAGGCACGCACACACGUGCACACACACACACAGGCUUGUCUCAUAUGUCACAAGGCAUCACAGUCUUGUGUACACACACACACACACACACACACACACACACACACACACACACACACACACACACACACUUGUCUCAUACGUCACAAGGCAUCACAGUCUUGUGCACACACACAAACAAACAAACACACACUUUUACACCUACACACACAGCCCUGUUUUUGACGGCAGUCUCCAAGUAGCGAAGACAUCAACUGGCAACAGCAACUGUUGUUUUUUUCCUGUGUGUGAGAGAAUGUGUGGUUAUCUGUCUCUUUUUUUAUUUUCUCCCACCUCUCCUUUUCAGACAGAGAACAGCUUUUUUCAAAACGUGACUUGAUUUUUUUUCUUCUUCCAUACAUUUUUUUUCACCCUUCUUGCGCAAACACAAUCCUUCUUGUUGUCUGCCCCCUCUGCAGUGUCUAGCUCCCCAUCCAGAAUGGGCUUAAGUAUCAUACAGCAAAAUAUGAUCAGAAGAGGACAAAACUCAGAUCUGGCUUUGUUUUUUUUUCUUUUGUUUAGUUAUUGUGGUUUUUUUUGUUUAGUUUUUUUUUUUUUUUUUACCUGCAAUUUAACUUCUGCUUCAAGUUAGCGGGUAGUAGUGAUAGGAUGUACUAUGGAACUGUAAACUAUUGAAAAAAAGGAAGAGAAACAAACAAAAAAAAGAAACGCUAACUCCUCAGUCAGUGCACUAGUGCCAGUUUUUAAGCGGUUGAAAUGAUGUGGCGUAGCGAGAGACAUGGGGUAUUAGAGAGAGAGAGAGAGAGGUCAGCUCGUUAGGGGGUGAUCUAUUCGUUAACGAGGGUCACCACAUUAGUGAGGUGGCAUUCGUAAUUCAUUAUUGCACUUCUUCGACUAGGGUCCGCUUGUUUUCAGCUUAAUUAAUUAGUUAACAAAUUAAUUUUUGACCAUUUGUGUCUGAUCAACACCAAGUCUUUGUUUUUGUUUUUUUGUUUUUGUUUUUUUUAUUGUUUUGCCUUGGAGCAAGAAGAAAAGAGAUCUCCCUCAUAUCCUUUUGCCAUGGAUAGGAAUUCAACAUUCCCAGUAUACUGUCAUUGAAACUGUUUUUGUAAAAAGAAAAACGAAACAGCACUCGACUUUGCAUGUUUGUGUUGCUAUGUCUCAUCAUAGCUAAUUUGGAUGAAUUAUGUACCUGCUCUAGAGCUACCAAUUAUGUGUAGAGAACAAAUGCAAUGUGUAUCAUUCACGACAUGGGUCACCACUCUCGGUUUGGGUAAUGUCUUUUGAUACCAACUAUAUAUAUACUCUUAAUUUUUUGGUGAUUAUAAACAUUAGCGGGCCACCAUUGACCUACUGUCUUUUAGUUUUGAUAUUGUAACAAAAAAGAGACAUAUCACUUCGUAAAAAAAAUAUGCUGCAGAUUUUAUAUAUAAAAAAACAAGAUGUUUAAAGAAAAAAAAAGAAUUGGAUACUUCUCUAAGACACACAAAGCACCUUGACAUGCAGUCUAUAGGACAUUCAAUAUUUUACUAGACAAACUUGUAAACUCAUGCACUUCACUUACCAAAGCGAAAGAUGUUGCGAUGUGGAAAAGGUUUCAUGGGAAAGUGAACACGAGUCAACAUUCGCACACAUCUAUGGAUAUGUGAAAGCCAGCCUGUUGUGUGCUUGUCAUGUAGGUAAAACAAGUGACAUAACUUUUUUUGUCUAGCCUCUUUAUUUGUGUUAUUAGGCAUUCUUCACUUGAAUACCUCACUUAAUUAUUGCAUGCAUUUCUUUUUUUUUUUUUUGGUGCUAUGUUUAUUAUUAAGCUUGAAUUUCUCAUCUUUUGCACUGUAACUAUAAUACCUCUUGUUUUUUUGUUGGUUUUUUUUGUAAUCUGCUGGGUUGGUUGUCCUUUUCUGUCCGCAGCAGUCAGUACGCUUACUUUUUUUUUUAAAUUUGAUCUUUUUCUGUUUUUUUGUUCUCUUUUUUUCGCUUUUGUUUUUUUGUUCCUCAACCUUCCCUCAUUUGGAAUCAUGAAACUAGUGCUUGACCUCCAUGGAAAUGCUAAGAUACUAAGAUGUUGUAUGCACAGGAACCCCACCACCACCAUCGCCAUCACCACAGACCCUCAUGGGUUCAAGUGCUCUUGGUGUCAAGCUUAGUUGGCCUACGGGACGCCUAAAACUGUGUCACUCGACACUUGUUGAGGGGGCGACUAGCAGAUUGCACUCAACUGUCUAUGAUUUACCUCGUAAACUUAAAGUGAUACUGUCCCAUUUUUGGAAAUAUGCUUAUUUUACACCUCUCCUUGAGUUAAAUGAGUGGGUAUUACCUUUCUCCUGUACUUCCUGCUGUUCUCCGAGUACGGCAGUACAAAGUUUACCGUCAAGCUAGCAAUUAGCAUUGAGUCCUGUGAGACCAGCCAGCCGGAGAACGGUUAAAAGUACAGGAGAAAGGUAAAACCCAAUCAUUUAACUCAGGGAGAGGUGUAAAAUAGGUGUAUUUCCAAAAGUGGGACAGUUUCACUUUAAGCCUCACUUGAAGCUGUUCUCAACACCCAUCUCCUGUGAGCAAGCUGCACCAGUCGCACUAGACCUGUGAUCGAUCGUUUUAGGGUUACCAAAUAAACAUGGGCAAGGACUUAAGGAGGAGGAAAAAAAGAGAUGGAUACGUUAUCACAGAUUGGGGUGGUCAGAAAUCUAGUCUUUUCAAUGCUGUGUAGUCCAAAAUCGGGAAAAAUGAAGUUAUGUAAUCCAACAGUUCAGGAAUGGGCCAUAAUACGAGGGGGGAAACGGGACAAGUGGAAUUGCUGAUGCACACUACUAGCACGUGUGCUGCUACCUCAGAUAAGUGCAGGCCCCACCUCGGAAGUCUUAUCGAAUCGAUGAUGGAGAUUAUGUUUGUUCAUCAUGGGAACUCUCCGAUAUAUGUGACAUCAAAGGCAUUGCGGCCUGUUAUUGUUUGUUUGGGCCAUAUUCUCAACGUUAUUGUUGUUGUGGGUUGGAGUGGCGGUGUAUCAUGUACAUACUAUAUGUGGGGUAAUGUAAAAAAUAAGAAAAAAGACACUUCUUUGCACUGACGAGACAUUCCCUUUUUCGAUCUUGUCUAUUUCUAACGGGGAAAGUAUGAACCUCAGUGGUGCCUUCAGUUACUGUGCUACCCACCCAACACACACAAGCACACAUGCAUACAUAACGUACAUACACACACACAAACACACUUUUCCUCGAGCGAUCCAACCUGCCACUGCUGCAAUGACAUGCUUUCGGUGCCAUAUGUUAGAUGUUACAAAAACAAGAUGUCCACCGGCAAACGCCUAGUAAUCAUGGUUUGCAGCCUCUCGCUGUUUGCCCUCAACCGUUGGCCACACUAUUUUUGUGAAAUAGAAAAAUAGAUUGAUUUGAAUUGUUAAAUGUAAUAUCUUUGAAAUGUAAUCGCUAUGAAUUGUAACAAUUUUGAAAUGGAGUUUGUCAUACAAGUGCAUCCCUAAAAACUUGGCCACAAAGAUCUAAAUUAGACGAUGACUUUUUUCUUCUUCCUCUUUUUAUCUUUUUUUUCUCGUUUUGCCCACCCAGCGAGUGCAAUCCUGUUUCUUUUCUCAGGCAAGAGUUGAGUGACUUUACAGAUUUGUCAGUUAUGAUGACUCAAAAAUGUCAUUUGGUUUGAUCCGCUUGUUUGUGUGUAACGGACUCGAUGCAAGACUGUGGUCGACCAUGCCACAGAGCUUUAUGGUGAGGGCUAGAGAAUCUGGACGACGUAUCCUUAAUACUCUGACGCUUAACCCCCAUCACGCCAUUCUACAUAUAUUCCACCUGUUUUUUUUUUGCUUCCUCUUUUCUUUGCUUUUUGUUUGUUGAUUUCAAUUUCAUAUUCAAUUUCAUUUUGGUGUUACAGUCAACUAUGGCACACAUCUAAAAUUCUAUGGCUAUUAUUACUAUUGUUGAUACAGUAAAAGAAUAUUCUAGAAUGUGAAGUCACUGAUGUACAAUGGUGCCGCACCCACACAAUCAUUUCUUCUGACAGAUAAGGACUGUAUCACCUGGUGAAACCUUGCAAAGCUAGAUUCCCGCUCAGCAAAAAAAAAGGCACUGGCAUGGAAUUGACAUAGGGCCUGAUGUGGCUUGGACCUGGCCCUGUUGGCCUGUGAUUGUGUGUUUUGGACCUGGUCUAGUUGUACCUAGACAAGGGGUGUAUUCCAAGGCGCAAGGUAUUCCUAGACCGUAGUUAAAAGAUAAACCUGCUUAAGUUAACCUAUGAGAACCUAUGAAGAUUGCCCUCAGAUGUCAUUUAGUUACAAAAACGAGGAGCCCAGGCUCUUCUUAUUAAAUGAUUUACCGCUACGUCAAGGUUAGCUUAACCUCGUUUACCACUGAACCAACUUCUUGGAAUACACUGUUGUCUGAUGGAACACCCCUCUCUCAUGGUCGGGUCAAGACCGGAAGAAUGAAAGAAAGAUUUCUUAUGAAAUGUCAUUCCAUGCUGCCGACUGGGUCUCCUCACUGGCGGAGAAUUGUUUUUAUUUUAUAUUGAUUUUUUUUUUCAAUUUAUUUUGCUUUUUUUUGUACAUGUAGCACAAAUGAGCAUUGCACUUGGGCGCCAUACUUUACCUCAUGUCAGAAAGAAAGAAAAAAAACUGUGUGUAUAUAUGUAUGUGUAAUGCCGUUACAUUUAAAGGAAUUACUUGUCGUUUUGGCCUUGCUGCUGUUUCAAUUGCUGGUAUUUUUUUUUCUUCUUUCUUCCAAUUGUAUUUAAGAAAAUUGCGGUCAGAAAGCUAGAAUGUGCCCGCGGGUCACCUGAUUGAAAUACACUGUAGAAAAGAACAUGUAGGGAAUCUGUACAAUCUGGGGCUCAAUUGUCUGUCUCGUCUGCCUUAAUGUUAUACCUUGAAUAUUAAAUUGUAAUGUAAACCCAUGAAAACUACCAAGUCCUAUGACAGGCAUGACUUGAAUUGUUUAGUCAAUAUCCCAACCACCUCCCACACACCCACUGCCUGAUUUUUUGUUUGUUUUUCCUUUCUUUUUCUUUUUCUUUUCUUUGUUUUUAGUUAGAUUUCAUUUGACAUGGUUAGUACCAGAUGUUAUGUAGUGCAUGUCAUUUGAAGACCCCCCUCUGGUGCCCACCCACUUCUAUCCUCCUCCUACACACACACAGGCAUACACACACACACACACACACACACACACACACACACACACACACACACACACACACACACACACACACACACACACACACACACACACACACACACCAGCCCACCCUGCAAUCCCUGCCAUCUUCCUCUGUGUAGUAGCAUAGAAGUGUACUUCAGCCAGCGACGGGCCCAGCGGUUUUUAAACUAAGGGCUCAUGUAUCAACCGAAGUUUGCGGGGGGAGAGGGAGGGGAAAAAAAAUAAACUCAACUGCAAGCCUUUAUGUAUUACAAAAAAGAUCUAUGUAAAGAUAAAGAUGGAAAAUGUUUUUAAAAAAAAAUGUAAUGUUAAAAGAAAUGUCAUAUCAGCAGCGAAAAGAGCUCAAGUGACUUUGGAGUAAAGAGUAGUGGAGUGGACUGUGAGGAGGACUCCAGAGUCGUAGAUAAAGAGUUCGAGCGUUGCUAUAGGAACCCACGGAAACUUCCUCCGACAAAACUGGCGGCAAAACUGACCAUAUAUGGCCAAACAUGGCCGACCUUGCGGUCCCAUUCAGUUUUGCACAGCCUUCACCGGGGUCCAGAUGUAGCGUUCGUUUCCAUAGACUAUCAUUGGGGACUCUGAGAAGAUUUGAUAUAACCAUUUUUGCGCAUUUCAAAGAACAGAAUUUCAACGGACUGUGUAAUUACUUGAACAAAUUUGACACACAUCACCUAGCCAUGCUAACACAAACCUAUGUCAAAAAUGGGUUUAGCUGGACCCAACGAGGCUAGCGUAAGCCCACGUGACCGGAGAUCAAAGACUGCGUCAACUCUUAUCUACGGCUCUGGAGUACUAUUGUGGAGAGAGUGUGUUUUGUGUGUGUAUGUGGGCCAAGGCUGUGGGUCAGAUCACCAGCGGAGAGCAGAGCAGAGCAGUGAAAGUGCAGUGUUGUAUCUGUGUCUAUCAACUCAAGUUGUUUUUUAAAAUGGGGGACAUUGGGAAGAGGGAGAAAUGCCCAGCACCGUUCCCAGCCUCAUCCCAUCUAUACAACAGAUGACGAUGACUUUUUCAAGGGACAGGAAAAGACCUCUAAAGCAUACUGUAAAAUGUGCUGCAAUGGUUUGCGGCCGCACCUUAUGGAUCAGAAAUACCUUUAAUAUUUUUCCCCUUUUUUUGAAAUAAUUGUAGCUGAAUAUUAUCUACAAUAAAGUUAUGGUAUGGUCGUUCAAA